GUACGAACUCUUGACGAAGGGCGUGCUGGGAUCAGAUUCGGUGGGCUUCAUUGUGGCCGCCAUCAAGGCAGCUGGCUUUCAUCCAUCACAAAUAUUGGCAGGACACUGGCUGAGUGGGACCAGUGUACGACAUGAUCACGUCAACGUGGUUGCGGCAUCAAAUGAUCAGUGCCUACGGGCAAGUGCUUGGGGUGGAACCAGCAACAACGGUUUUACGUCCCUGCGCAACGCCGACCUGACCAUGCACGAAUAUGUGCUAUGCAAAGAAUGGGUCACGCGCUGGUUCAGCAAUGGCACUGAUAGUGAUAUUGUCACUGACCGUGUGUUGGCUGCCCCGCCGCCACAACCCAGAAGCAAUCUUGUUGCUGGAUUGGGAUCAGAUCAUGUCCCUUUGGUGGUGGAUGUGGCGCUUUGCACGCCUGUCGUCAAGGCUGCAAAAGAGGAAGCAGAGAUUGAAACCCGGCAAAAUGGCAGCACAAUGCUGGCUGCCAACAUCUCUGCCGGCACGGUUCAACCAAUGCUUCAGUGCCAUGAUGCCAUUAAUGGUGAUAUGGUUGACAUGCUGCGGAAGCUGGAGCACAAGCUGGCAAUGUUGGAAGAAUCUGCACGUAAACCAGCACUGGUGGUUGAACUGAAGUGGGCGUUGUUCGCGUCAACCUUCACAGCAAUAUUUGCUGCAGCGUCCACAUUGUGCCUGGGCCUGAUCCAAUUCAUAAGGUCUGAGCAGCCUGCAGUGUAUAAUGGCGGAUCUUCUGGUGCACAGAUCAAGUGGCAGUAA